AUGCGUGGGAAAAAUUUAACACGGGAGGAUUCGUGGACAAAGUUAGAUGUAGUGUGCAAGGCGGUUGGGUUUGAGGGGGACGUACGGAAGCAAGAGGAUGCAGAGAGGGUGGUGGAAUCAACGUUUAAGCAUUUUGGAAGGAUUGAUAUACUUGUGAAUGCUGCGGCUGGGAACUUCCUUGUGUCGGCAGAGGAUCUCUCCCCCAAUGGCUUUCGCACAGUUUUGGACAUUGAAUCUGUUGGCACGUUCACAAUGUGCCGUGAAGCCCUAAAAUAUCUCAAGAAAGGAGGAGAAGGAAGGAGCAACUCUUCUGGUGGGGGAUCAAUAAUAAAUAUCAGUGCCACCUUGCACUACACAGCUUCUUGGUACCAAAUUCACGUGUCUGCUGCAAAGGCAGCUGUUGAUGCCACUACAAGAAACUUGGCACUAGAAUGGGGAACAGACUAUGACAUUAGAGUCAAUGGAAUUGCUCCAGGUCCAAUAAGUGACACUCCUGGCAUGAGUAAACUAGCUCCCGACGAAAUAAGUAGCAAAGCCAGAGACUAUAUGCCACUUUAUAAACUUGGGGAGAAAUGGGAUAUAGCCAUGACUGCACUUUUCCUAGCGUCAGAUGCAGGUUGGUCGCUUUGUCUAUUCACCCAAAUUAUUGUUUUAAUAUUGUUACAUGCUUUUAUUUGGGCAAUAAAAUGUUUCUGUAUAUAUUAAUGAAUGAAUGUCCCGUUGAAUUUCUUGAAC